CUGGUUUUUUGGUCUCUAUCUUCAUUUCUCCCUUUUCAGUUUUUGGGUUUGAAAGUUUCAAUCCAUGGUCAAUUGAGAUGGUUCCAUGGCCAAGUAUUUAGUGAGCUUAGAUCGUCUCCACACCAUUUCAUUAAUACUCGUUAUCACACUUCUUCAUCAUCAACUCUCUCCGGCUUCUUGCCUUCUUCAUCAACAACCCCCGUCGUCUCUGGCUCCUCAGUUGUUAAUCGAAGACAAAACUCGGUUGGGUUCUACUCCACCGAGUUGCCACAACAAGUGCAACGAGUGCCAUCCUUGUACAGCUGUUCAAGUGCCUACGCUACCAAACCAUGACCGAGUCGAACUCGGACCAGGUGGAACGACAGGAACGAAGCCUAUGGAGCAAGAGUCGUCGUCAUCUCCAUCAACGGCAGCUGCAAAGUUCCCCAACUACAAACCUUUGGGUUGGAAAUGCAGCUGCGGAAAUCGCCUUUUCAACCCUUGAGAAUUGAGAAGGUAAAUUAAGUACUACUGAUUCACUGAAGAAGCUGCUUCAGUACUGGAAGA